GGAGUGUGUGAGGGGGGAGGGGGUGUGCUGGAGUCUCCUCAGAUCAGUUCCAUUCCUCUGGUUUUCUCUGGAGCUGCGGGAUUGUGGAAUCAUCUCCACCAUGAGGAGCGGCUCGGCUCUGUACCUCCUGAUUCCCACAGUGUUCGCGCUCCUCCCAGACCCAGGACCACGAGGAAACGGAACCGGGGGCCACCUGGAGAGCUACCUGCACAUCGGAGACGGGUCAUCACUGGAGUUUGAGUUUCCUGAAAACACAAAAGGCGUGAUCGUCAUUUCAAGCCGGCGGCAGAACUGGAGGCAGACGGUGCGAGUGCGCUCCUUAGAACCGGACGUGCUGUCCAUCCUGAAUGCCAGCGACAGUGACGGUGGGCGUGCCGGCCCGGUCAACAGCUACGUCAUCAGCAUCCGCUCUGGAUCACCGGGAACAGCUCCUUUACUCAUCCAGCUGUUGGACCUGGAUCGCGGCUCUGAGCCGGUUCUGAUCGAGGAGCGGAGGGAUUAUUCCAUUCGUGUGGCACCGGGUGGCGAUGGGGUCAGAGACGGCUCUGCUCAGCUCGCUCACUUUUCAGAGAACCCGGUUCUGUUCGCUCUGCUGCCUCUCAUCUUCGUCAACAAGUGUGCGUUUGGCUGUAAGGUGGAGGUGGAGGUGCUGCGUGAGCUCCUGCACCGGCCCGUCCCUCUCCUCCUCGGGAUCGUGGGACAGUUCCUGGUGAUGCCUCUGUACGCGUAUGGCAUGUCCCGACUGGCCACACUGCCCAAGGCACUCGCUCUAGGUCUGGUCAUCACGUGCUCAGCGCCGGGCGGAGGGGGCGGUUACCUGUACAGCCUGUUAUUAGGGGGUGACGUGACCCUGGCCAUCUGCAUGACCCUAGUGUCCACCGUGUUUGCAACAGCAGCCAUGCCUCUUUCGUCAGCGCUAUACGGGCGGCUGCUCGGCGUCCACGCCACCCUCCAUGUGCCGUUUGUGAAGAUCCUGGCCACGCUGCUGUUCAUCGCCAUCCCCAUCUCGGUGGGCGUGUGCGUGAAGCUGCGGCUGCCGGCACUCACCCGGGUUCUCCUCACCCUCAUACGCCCCUUCAGCUUCCUGCUGAUCGUGGGCGGGAUCUUCAUGGCGUAUCAGAUGGGCGCCUCCAUCCUGGCCAAUGUGCGGCUCCCCAUCAUCCUGGUGGGUGUCACAGUACCGGUGCUGGGCCUGCUGGUGGGCUUUGGGCUGGCGCGCGUGACCGGGCUCGCCGUGCCGCAGAGGAGGACGGUGGCCAUCGAGGUGGGCGUCCAGAACAGCCUGCUCGCACUCGCCGUCAUGCAGCUGUCGUUCCGGCGCGCAGAGGCAGACUUCGCAUCGCAGGCACCGUUCAUCGUCGCUCUCAGCAGCACCAGCGAGAUGCUCUUGCUCGUCAUCACACAUCUCACACACAGACGCCUCUGCCACACGGACAAAAACGAUCCUGAGGCCUAAUGUGCACGCACACACACACACACACAGAUUGAAACCAAAGACAUUCCUUUUUUCUACUCAUUGAAGGAACCUUAUGUAAGAGAUUUGUGAUAUUUUUCUAACACAUACAUGUGUUUUGUACAUUUGUAUCCUGUUUACAAAUCUGUGUGUGCUGACUUCUUGGUAUGGUUUUGCUUGUCUCAGAGAAUAUAUAUACUUGAAGUGUGUGUGUGUGUGUGUGUGUGAGAGAGAGAGAGAGAGAGAGGUGAAUAAACCCACUUUGAAUGAUAUAGUGUGCGUCAGUGUCUUAUACAAGUAGAGACACUAUUUUGAAUACAUGUUUGCACUCGUGUGUGUGUGUGUGUGUUCAGGAAUGUGAGUAUGUAGGUGAGGAAUUAACACACCUGGUUUUCAUUACACUCUUGGAUGUUUGUUUAUUUUUAUGGUUUUGAGGAUCAGUGGGGGUGGAUUAGUGUGUGUGUGUGUGUGGUUUAUUUGGUUUUAAGAGGCUUGGUGCCUGAAUGCUGAAAUAUUUUUGGAGGAAGUAAAGAGAAUGAACUCAAAUGCUGCAUUUCUGUAUGUAAAUAUGAAAGAAGAUGAACUCGCACCACUGUGACCUUUAGAAUAUGUGUGUGUGUGUGUGCGCGCGUGUGUGUGUGUGUUGUAUUUCACAACACCAUGUUGCUCAGAGUUCACAGCAGGCCUCUGUUUACUGAAACUAAAUGCUGGAGUGUGUGUGUGUGUGUGUGUAAUUUCAGUGGAUUUGGAUUUUAUAAAAUUAAUAAAGAUUAAAGUGUGAAAAUGUAA